CGCGCAGGCGCAGAGGUGCUGAUGCAACACCGCGCGCGCAGCGGCGCCGGUGUGGUGACCAACGUCCGGCUGCCGAGCUCGCGGGCCGGGCUGACAGAGAGUGGAGACACGCGGAGGGGUGGCCGUGGCGAUUCCCGCCCAGCUCCUGUGAUCACCGGGCAGCGGCCCCACCAUGUCCCAGCCCCAGACCCCAGAGCAGGUGCUCGAUACACAGGGAGACUGCACCCCAGGCAGGAGGGACGAGGACUCCGGGGAGGGGACCCAGUGUUCCCACCGCAUGCUCAGCUUCAGCGACGCCCUGCUGUCCAUCAUUGCCACCGUCAUGAUCCUGCCUGUGACCCACACGGAGAUCUCCCCAGAACAGCAUUUUGACAAAAGUAUACAGAAACUUCUAGCAACUAGGAUUGCUGUCUACCUGAUGACAUUUCUGAUUGUGACUGUGGCCUGGGCAGCACACACAAGAUUGUUCCAAGUUGUUGGGAAAAUAGAUGAUACACUUGCUUUGCUCAACCUGGCAUGCAUGAUGACCAUCACCCUUCUGCCCUACACGUUUUCCUUAAUGGUGACCUUCCCUGACGUGCCUCUGGGCAUCUUCCUGUUCUGUGUCUGUGUGAUUGCCAUCGGGACCGUGCAGCCUGCUCUCCUGCAGGCGCUGAUUGUGGGGUACGCAUUCCACUUCCCACACCUGCUGAGCCCGCAGAUCCAGUGCUCCGCCCACAGGGCCCUGUACCGGCAGCACGUCCUGCACAUCGUCCUGCGUGGCCCAGUGCUGUGCUUUGCCGCUGCCAUCUUCUCCCUCUUCUUCUUCCCCCUGUCUUACCUGCUGAUGGCGACCAUCAUCUUCCUCCCUUACGUCAGCAAGGCCACCAGCUGGUGCAGAGACAGGCUCGUGGGCCACCAGGAGCCCCCAGCUCACCCUCUGGAGUUCACUUUCGACCUCCACGAGCCCCUCAGCAAGGAGAGGGUGGAAGCCUUCAGCGACGGCGUCUACGCCAUCGUGGCCACCCUCCUCAUCCUGGACAUCUGCGAGGACAACGUUCCGGAUCCCAAGGACGUGAGGGAAAAGUUCCGUGGCAGCCUGGUGGCAGCACUGGGCGUGUACGGGCCACGCUUCCUGGCAUACUUCGGCUCCUUUGCCACAGUGGGCCUGCUCUGGUUUGCCCACCACUCACUCUUCUUGCACGUGCGCAGGGCCACACGGGCCAUGGGGCUGUUGAACACACUCUCGCUGGCCUUCGUGGGUGGCCUCCCACUGGCCUACCAGCAGACCUCAGCCUUCGCCCAGCAGCCCCACGAUGAGCUUGAGCGCGUGCGCGUCAGCUGCGCCAUCAUUUUCUUUGCCAGCAUCUUCCAGUUAGCCAUCUGGACUGCGGCCCUGCUGCACGAGGCGGAGACACUGCAGCCGUCAGUGUGGUUCGGUGGCCAGGAGCACGCAUUCAUGUUUGCUAAGCUGGCCCUGUACCCCUGCGCCAGCCUGCUGGCCUUUGCCUCCACCUGCUUCCUGAGCGGGCUCAGCACGGCCAUCUUCCACCUCAUGCAGAUUGCCGUGCCCUCCACCUUCCUGCUGCUGCGCCUCCUCGUACGCGUGGGCCAGGCUGGCCUGCGGGGCCUGCGUGGCCUGGCGGGCCCAGCACACUCCUGGCCAGGCACCACGGGUGAGGCCGACCCGCAGUCGCUGCUCCUUCCUGCCCCCUGACAGUGGCCAAAGAGCCUAGUCCCCUGAUCCCCACCUGGGACUGACGAGGAAGGCGGCCAAGAUCAUCUGAUGGCCAGGGCUGCAGGUUUACAAGGCCUGGUCUUUAUUUUUGUUAUGAAAUAUCAUGUUCUGUUUCAGUGUCCUCAAA